GCCACCUUCCUUGCUGGAGUUGGACAUCUUCUCGGAGAGCUUUCCAGAGGUGGUUUCGAUUGGCAGAAUGGCUUGCCCUCCACAACCAAAUGAGCUUAUAUUUUUUGUGAACGGAAAGAAGGUAACUGAAAGGUGUGCUGAUCCCGAAGAACUGCUACUCAAUUACCUGAGAAAGAGGCUCCAUCUCACAGGAACCAAAUAUGGCUGUGGAAUAGGAGGUUGUGGAGCCUGCACUGUCAUGGUCUCUACAUACAACCCCCACUCCAAGAAAAUACGACAUUUUCCAGCCACCUCUUGCCUGCUUCCCUUGGGCUCGCUGCAUGGUGCUGCAGUAACCACUGUGGAAGGAGUUGGAAACACAAAAAUCAAGCUUCAUCCCAUUCAGAAAAGGCUUGCCAAGUGCCACGGCUCCCAGUGUGGCUUCUGUACCCCCGGAAUGGUGAUGUCGAUGUAUUCUCUGCUAAGGAAUUAUCCAGAACCCACCAUGGAGCAGAUUUUGGCUGCUCUGGAUGGUAAUUUAUGCCGCUGCACUGGGUACAGACCUAUAAUUGACAGCUUCAGUGCUUUCUCUCCGGAGUCCUGUCCCCUGGCAGAAAGUGGGAAAUGUUGCUUGGAUCAAGAAGGUGUGGAAGGGAAAGAAAAAGAAGAAGAUUUGGCUCCAGAGCCUAAAAGAGGAGAUCAGAUGUGUUUAGGUCUCUGCCAGCCAGAAUUCCAGCCCCAGGAUCCAACACAGGACUACAUAUUUCCACCUGAACUUAUGAGAAUGGCUGAUGAGAACAAAGAUAGAAUUCUGGUUUUCAAUGGAAAAGGGACUACCUGGAUUUCUCCUGUAGCACUACAAGAACUUCUGGGCCUGAAAGCCAAGUACCCAAAUGCCCCUCUUGUUGUAGGGAACACAAGUAUAGGACUUGAUAUGAAAAUGCUGGGGGUUUGCCACCCAGUUGUUCUGUAUCCUGCUAGGGUUCCAGAUCUGCAUCUUGUCUCUGUGACAGACAAUGGGCUAGUGAUAGGUGCAGCAACCCACUUGGCCCAGUUGAGAGAUUUACUUCUAAAUGUGGUCCCAGAACUUCCAACGGAGAAGACGAAGAUUUACCUUACUCUCUUGAAACAGCUACGGACUUUUGCAGGAGAACAGAUCAGGAAUCUGGCUUCCUUAGGAGGACACAUUGUAAGUAGAGGGUCGACCUGGGAUCUGAACCCUGUCCUAGCAGCUGGGAAAGCUAUUCUCAACCUGGCAUCAACAGAUGGAACACGGCAGAUUCCCCUGAAUGAUGAAUUCCUCGCCCGAUUGCCAGAAGCAGACCUUUCACCCAAAGAGGUCCUAAUCUCGGUCCUGAUUCCAUUCUCAGAAGAAGAUGAAUUUGUGUCCGCCUUCCGACAGGCUGAGCGGAGGAAGAAUGCAAUGUCAGUGAUCAAUUCUGCAAUGCAAGUCCGAUUCCAGCCGGGCACUGAUGUCAUUGAGGAGCUGACUAUUUUAUAUGGAGGCAUUGGUUGUACCACUGUGAGUGCCCCGGUCACCUCUCAAAGGCUACGAGGAAGAAAAUGGAAUGAGCAGAUGUUGGAUGAAGCUUGCAGGCUCAUUCUUGAAGAAAUUCAACUCUCACCUUCAGCACUGGGUGGAAAAGUGGAAUACAGACGAACGCUGCUUGUCAGCUUCUUCUUCAGAUUCUAUUUGGAAGUGCUGCAGGCUUUAAAGCACAGGCACCCAUUCAAAUAUCCUGACUUGCCAAAAGAAAACCUGAGCGCCUUAGGCGAGUUCCUUGACUAUCCCCCACAGGGCAUGCAAGAAUACCAGGACGUGGAUCCUCAGCAGCCACCUCAGGACCCAGUGGGGCGUCCCAUCAUGCAUGAGUCUGGGAUUAAGCAUGCCACUGGUGAGGCUGUCUACACCGAUGACAUUGGUCCAAUAGACGGACAGCUCUACAUGGCUGUGGUAACCAGCACACGAGCCCAUGCAAAGAUUCUAUCCAUUGAUACUUCAGAGGCCUUAGAAGCACCAGGGGUGGUUGCUGUAGUGUCAGCUGCUGAUAUUCCAGGGAGAAAUGGCAACGAGAACGAGAAAGUAUUUGCUGAAGAUGAGGUAGUAUACGUUGGUCACGUUAUCUGUGGGGUUGUCGCGGAGACCUAUGAGCUGGCAAAGGGAGCCACCCAAAAAGUGAAAAUAGAGUACCAAGAUCUGGAACUGAUUCUCACAAUUGAGGAAGCCAUCCAGCAUAAUUCAUACUUUUCAGAAGAAAAGAAACUAGAACAAGGAAAUGUUGAAGCAGCAUUUCAGACAGUAGACCGAAUUAUUGAAGGUGAAAACCGUAUUGGAGGGCAAAAACAUUUUUAUUUGGAGACAAACUGUAUUAUUGUGAUUCCAAGAAAAGAGGACAAGGAAAUGGAUAUCUAUGUCUCUACCCAGAAUGCUUCAAGUGUGCAGGAAUUAGUGGCUACAACAUUAGACAUCCAGUUCAAUAGGAUCAGGUGCCACACCACGCGAGUUGGUGGUGCUUUUGGAGGGAAAAGUACAAAACCUCCAUUUUUCGCAGCGGCAGCAGCAGUGGCAGCACACAAAACCAGCCGUCCGGUACGCUUUACUCUGGAACGAGAUGCUGACAUGUUUUUGUUUGGAGGUCGACACCCUUUUCUGGGGAGAUAUAAAGAGUCCUGUCCCCUGGCAGGGAGUGGGAAGUGUUGCUUGGAUCAAGAAGGCGUGGAGGGGAAAGAAAAAGAAGGUUUAGCUCCAGAGCCUAAAAGAGGGCAUCAGAUGUGUUCAGGCCUAUGCCAGCCAGAAGAUUUCCAGCCCAGGGACCCAACCCAAGAUUAUAUAUUUCCUCCUGAACUUAUGAGAAUAGCUGAAGAGAGCAAACGAAGAACUCUGGUUUUCAAUGGAGAAAGGAGUACCUGGAUUUCUCCUGUAGCACUCCAGGAACUUCUGGGCCUGAAAGCCAAGUACCCAAAUGCCCCUCUUGUUGUAGGGAACACUAGCAUAGGAGUUGAUGUGAAAAAAUUGGGAGUUUGUUACCCAGUUAUCCUUCAUCCUGCCAGGGUUCCAGAUCUGCAUGUUGUCUGCAAGACAGGCAACGGGCUAGUGAUAGGUGCAGCAACCCACUUGGCCCAGCUAAGGGACAUCCUGCUAAAUGUUGUCCCAAAACUCCCAGUGGAGAAGACAAAGAUUUUCUGUACCCUGUUGAAGCAGCUGCGGACCCUUGCAGGAGAACAGAUCAGGCAUUUGGCUUCUUUAGGAGGACACAUUGUAAGUAGAGGAGCAACCUGGGAUCUGAACCCUGUUCUAGCAGCUGGGAAAGCUAUUCUCAACCUGGCAUCAACAGAUGGAAGACGGCAGAUUCCCCUGAAUGGUGAAUUCCUUGCACGAUUGCCAGACGCUGACCUUUUACCAGAAGAGGUCAUAGUCUCUGUUUUUAUUCCAUUUUCAAAGAAAGAUGAAUUUGUGUCCGCCUUCCGACAGGCUGAGCGGAGGAAGAAUGCAAUGUCAGUGAUCAAUUCUGCAAUGCAAGUCCGAUUCCAGCCGGGCACUGAUGUCAUUGAGGAGCUGACUAUUUUAUAUGGAGGCAUUGGCUGUACCACAGUGAGUGCCCCGGUCACCUCUCAGAAGCUACAAGGAAGAAAAUGGAAUGAGCAGAUGUUGGAUGAAGCUUAUAGGCUCAUUCUUGAAGAAAUUCAACUCUCACCUUCAGCACUGGGUGGAAAAGUGGAAUACAGACGAACGCUGCUUGUCAGCUUCUUUUUCAGAUUCUAUUUGGAAGUGCUGCAGGCUUUAAAGUACAUGUACCCGUCCAGGUUACCUGACUUGUCAAAAGAAGACUUGAGUGCCUUAGGCGAGUUCCUUGAUCAUCCCCCGCAGGGCAUGCAAGAAUAUCAGGAAGUCGACCCUCAGCAGCCUCCCCAGGACCCUGUGGGGCGUCCCAUCAUGCAUGAGUCUGGGAUUAAGCAUGCCACUGGUGAGGCUGUCUACACCGAUGACAUUGGUCCAAUAGACGGACAGCUCUACAUGGCUGUGGUAACCAGCACACGAGCCCACGCGAAGAUUUUAUCCACUGAUUUCUCUGAGGCUUUAGCAUCGCCGGGAGUGGUUGCUAUGGUAUCAGCUGCUGAUAUUCCAGGGCGAAAUGGUGAUGAAUAUGAGAAGGUGUUUGCUGAAGAUGAGGUAAUAUACAUUGGUCAUAUUAUUUGUGGUGUGAUCGCAGAAACCUAUGAGCUUGCCAAGGAAGCCACCAAAAAAGUGAAGAUGGAGUACAAAGAGAUGGAACUGAUUCUGACAAUUCAGGAAGCCAUUCGGCAUAAUUCGUACUUCGGAGAAGAAAAGAAAAUACAGCAAGGAAACGUUGAAAAAGCAUUUCAGACAGUUGACGGAAUUAUUGAAGGAGCUGGGGAAAUCCAUGUUGGAGGGCAAAACCAUUUUUACAUGGAAACAAACAGAAGUGUUGUCAUUCCAAGAAAAGAGGAUAAUGAAAUGGACAUCUAUGUCUCUACCCAGGAUGCUUCACAUGUACAGAAAUUGGUGGCUACAACAUUGGACAUCCUGGCCAACAAGAUAAAUUGCCACACCACGCGAGUUGGUGGAGCUUUUGGAGGGAAAUGUAUGAAACCGUCAUUUUAUGCUGCAGCCGCAGCUGUGGCAGCACACAAAACUGGCCGCCCGGUACGUUUUGUCCUGGAACGAAAUUAUGAAAUGUUCAUAUCCGGAGGCCGACAUCCCUUUUUUGGGAAAUACAAAGUAGGAUUCAUGAAUGAUGGAAAGAUCAAAGCUGUGGACCUUGAGUAUUAUGUAAAUGGUGGAUGUACAAAAGAUGAUUCUGAGUAUGUAAUAGAAUGGGCGGUGCUAAAAAGUUUCAACGCUUACGACAUCCCAAACUUCCGAUGUCGCGGACGGGCCUGCAAGACUAAUUUGCCGUCGAAUACUGCAUUUAGAGGGUACGGUUUCGCAGGAACGGCACUUUCUGCAGAAAUUUGGGUUUCUGCUGUGGCAGACAAGCUUGGCUUGCCUCAUGAUAAGGUCCGGGAGAUGAACAUGUUCAAAGGAGUUGCUCUCACCCCCUACAAACAAGAGUUUGAUGCCACAAAUAUGGUUGUAUGUUGGAAAGAAUGCUUGAAGAGCUCUGAUUACUACAACAGGAGAAAAGCAAUAGAAGAAUUUAACAAGCAAAGCUACUGGAAGAAGAAAGGGAUUGCCAUCAUUCCCAUGGUGUACUCAGUUGGAACCUAUGAACCAUAUUACCACCAGGGUGCAGCUCUGGUGAACAUAUAUGUGGAUGGGUCAGUGUUGGUGCACUGUGGUGGAUGUGAACUGGGACACGGACUUUAUACAAAGGUGUUACAGGUUGCCAGCCAUGAAUUAAUGAUACCCUUGUCUUACAUACAUAUUUUUGAAAGAACUACUGUUCCAAUACCCAAUGCACUUAUGACAGCAGGAUCCAUCAGCUCAGAGGUCAACGGUAAAGCGGUCCAGAAGGCUUGCCAAAUUCUUCGGAAGCGCCUGGAGCCUGUCAUUAAAGAAAAUCCAGAAGGCAAAUGGGAAGACUGGAUUAAAAAAGCUUUCAAUGAAAGCAUCAACCUCUCUGCUAUUGGCUACUUCAAAGGAUAUCCCGCCAAUUUGGACUGGAAGACAGGAGAAGGCGAUGCUUUUCCGUACUAUGUUUUUGGUGCAGGUUGCUCUGAAGUUGAGAUUGACUGCCUGACAGGUGAUCAUAAGAAUCUCCAAACAGACCUUGUUUUGGAUGCCUGUUACAGCCUCAAUCCAGGAAUUGACAUAGGACAGGUUGAAGGUGGUUUUAUGCAGGGCCUCGGACUUUAUACACAAGAAGAACUAAAAUUCUCCCCAGAAGGAGAGCAGUAUACGCGGGGACCGGACACAUAUAAAAUUCCUGCAGUUUGUGAUGUCCCAGAAUUGUUUAGAAUCUACUUGCUACCAAACACAAGAAACCCAAUAGCAAUCUACUCCUCCAAGAGCAUGGGAGAAACUGGAGUAUUCCUGGCAUCCUCCGUGUUUUUUGCAAUUAAGGAUGCCGUGGCUGCUGCCCGGAAGGAAAGAGGAAUGAACGGUGUUUUUACUUUGGAGAGUCCACUGAAUGUGGCAAGAAUUCGCAUGGCAUGUGCUGAUCAUUUCACAAACAUGAUUCCAAAGGAUGAACCUGGGACCUAUAAGCCAUGGGCUAUUGAUAUCUAUUAAAAUAUUCUGUGAUUGCCUGAGUAAACUGUUCAUCUGCGAUUCCAAAUCUGAUCGCAGUAACAAUCUCAGUCUUUCAGAUCAGAAAUAUUGUUUUAGGCUCCAGGGAAAUAGCAGAUUCUAAAAUCUCCUUCAAAAAUGGGAAGAAACUGCACCCCAAAUUUCUUAAUUGGAGGAGAGUACCAAAAGCUAUGUACCACAUCUGCCUAAGAUGACGGACACUAUCAACAAGAAUGUUUAAAGACAUAAAACAGCCUGAAAAAUGUGAGAUACCAUUCCAUGCUGGCUGUUACAAACAUCUCUUUUCAACUUGCUGAAGUUAAAUUUUUUAUAUCUGCCUUGGAUUAACACAUGAAUCCAAAUCCAAAACCAUUUGUUCAAGUCAAUCACUUUAAGACAUUUGUUUCACCUAUUUACAUAAUGCAAAUUCUCUAAAUUUAAUAGAAAUAAAUACCAGUCAUUGUUACUUUACA